AGAGAGAGAGAGCGGUUGAAGGUAGUUGCCUUAUCUAGACCCUGAGCACAUAAACUCAAAUUUUGAUCCAGCAUAGAAACCCAACAUAGCUUGCCCUCUCUCAUUCCAUGGAAAUUCUCCUGAAAUCAACAUUCCCUAUCUUCUCCAAGCACCCAAAUAUCCCAGCAACCAAACCCACCAAACCCUUAAAGGUUUCGAUAAAACCUCCACCGCCAGACUUUGAUUUCAGGUCCGAGAUAUUGCAAGAAUCCAGAGCCACAAUUGCCAAAUCCCAUCCACAACUGCGAGAUUUGGCUGAUACAGGUAGCUUAGUACUGAUUGAGAAGCGACUUUUUGGUCCAGUACCGGCCUGGAGGACCGAGUUUGUUGAACCGGAGGCUAUCUGGUUGGUUGGAACCACUCAUAUUUCCAGUGGAUCUGCCGCAGAGGUGGAGCGUGUAGUGCAGGCUGUGAAGCCUGACAAUGUGGUAGUUGAGCUCUGUAGAAGCAGAGCUGGGAUUAUGUACACUGGUAACGAAGGUGAGAUUGGCAAACAAUUAAAGUCAAAUAUGUUCUCAUUGAGCGGGACUGGCUUUUUUGGUGCUGUGGGUCGUAGCAUAAACUUGGGGGGUCAAACAGCUCUAGCCUUGCGUCUGCUUUUAGCACUAUUCUCCUCAAAAUUAUCUUCUGAUGUCAACCGCUCAUUUGGAGACGAGUUUCGUGCUGCUCGAAAAGCUUCUGAAGAAGUUGGUGCUCAGAUAGUUUUGGGGGAUCGGCCAAUUGAAAUAACGCUUGAAAGGGCGUGGAAGGCUCUGAAAUGGAAUGAGAAGCUUAAUUUUGUAAUAGCAGUUGUUCGUGGAAUUAUCUCAUCAUCUGAUACAUCAAGGAACAAUUUAAAGGCAUCAAAUACAAAAGAUGAGACCUUUCAGCUAUAUGAGCAACUAAGUUUCGCAUAUCCAUCACUCUUGCAGCCUCUUAUACAUGAACGAGACACUUACCUGGCAUGGUCUCUGAAACGGAGCAAAGCCGUGAACAAGAGCAAGAGAGUGGUGGGGGUGAUUGGAAACGGGCAUAUGAAUGGGAUAAUAUAUGCACUAGUGUCUGAUCAGGGAAACUUGCGCUUUCGAGACCUCGUCGGGAAGAGGACUUCCGCUGACGGGUCUAAUGGAUUUGUGGAUAGUCUUGUUAGGAGCUUGGUAAGAGACACAGUGAUCGGUGUCCUGCUUUGGCAAUUGUAUGAGAAGCUUGCAGCCUCUUCUGCCCUUCAAGGGAGGGGAGAUCUCCUCCUUCCUAACCCAAUAGUGUUGAUUCGAAGCUUAUAUGGCUCUCCAAAGAUGUCCAACAACUUAACCUUUGUGAUUUUGUCACCAAGAUGUUUUCUUCUCCUAUUCCACAUAUUUGUUUGUGCAUGCAAUAUGUGGUGUUUUUUUAAUCUUCUUGGUGCUUCUUCCUCAAGGGAUAAUGGUGUGCGGCGAUGAUGCUACCUGUCGGCGGUGUUAAUAACUCUUACUUCCUAGAAUUUCAAUUAUGGGCUAGGGCCUUUUAAUGGUUUAAUAGGAAUAGGUUAUUGGGCCUUGACUGUUUUGUUGAGCCCUUAAAAUCUGACCUUUAGAGCUAACUUCUAAAACGGUCCUUACUGUGUAUUGCUUCCAGCUUAGCUCUUUAACGG